UUUUAAACUGUGUGCACCUGCAAUUCAGGAUCAAGACGUGCUGCAAGCAAUUCUUCGCCACCAGUUGAGACUUUGAUACGCCCAUCUGAAAGAAACACGAGAUCUUGAAAGAAUAGGUGCCGAAAAAUAGUCCCAACAUGUUGAUCAGCCAUCCCGAAUUCAAAACGUCAGCUUGUUGUGUACUUAUCUUAACUAUAAUGGUGGCCAACAGCGCAUCCGGAGCUGCACUGGAAGGGCAAGUUGAUGAUCGAUCGACAGAAGAGGAACAUCAAGAUUGGCGUCAGCCUUUGCCGACAGUUAAACGUGCAGUUGCUUUGCUUAACAAACUAGUCAUGGUUGCUAACCGUGCCAAUAACAACAAGAAGCAACGAUAUCAGCAAGCGAACCCUUUGAUUAAGCACCAAGGUCAGUCGCCACAUUUGAAUUACAUGCAACAUCGGGAAGGCGAGCAAUUGCCGAAUAAUUCAGCCGAAAAUAUCGACGACAAUCACCACCACAUCCACCAAAAAGCUAUUGCUCUACCUCGCAUGGGAUUUGAACGACGCGGCCAAUCGUCGCAGCGAGUCUUCUGGCGAUGCUACUUCAAUGCAGUCUCUUGCUUCCGCUAACGAUAUUAAAAACAACAAUUCCGCUUCUAUCGCCACGACGCGAUGACAGGAGUCAACUGAUUUCGACUAUAACAAGACAUUCCGACGCCAAAAUAAACCUUGGGACACCCAAAGGCCUAUUCAAAGGGGCAUCAUGUAUUCAA